AGGUGUCCGGGCCACCCCCCCACCUCGGCCCCGGCACAGCUGGAAGCUGGGGAUCAGCCCCCAAUGACCCCUCCAUCCUGCCCCUUGGGCACCCUCCUCCCACCAGUCCGAGGAGUGUUUGCUGCUGUGAGAUCACCCGCCCCCCCAACAACAACGACAAAAAAAUUAAAUAACACCCAGAGAGAGAUCAGAGAGGGAGGGGGAGGAGGAAGCAGGGACGAGGGAAGAGAGAGACGGAGAAACAGGAGAGGCAGAAGAGGAGGAGGUGGGGAGGCUGGGAGAGAAAGAAGCUGGAGACGAGGGAGGCCGGGAGGAGGAGAGAGAAGCAGGAUGGAGACAUGGGGUUAGGUGGCUCGGGGGAGCUGGAAGAAAAGAGAGCGAAGAGGGGGUGUGGAUUAGAAACCAGGAGGUAACCUCGGGGAGAAGCAGGAGGCAGAGAAAGGAGUAGGAAGAUCGGGAGGUAGAGGGAGAUCGGAGGGUUGGGGAAAAGAGGAGAGGAAGGAGGAGAGGCACAGAGAGCGGGGAAAGCAGAGAGGAGUGGAUUUGGGGGGUCUCAGUCCCCCGCUGCCUCAGUGUUUGGGGAACCGGACUCCCUGUAGGGAGGAGAGGCAGGCUGGAAGUCCUGGAGGGACAGGGUCCCACAGAAGGGGGAAGGAGGAGCUGAGAGAGGGGGCCAGGACAUUGGGAAGGGGUCGCUCAGAGGCCUCCCAGGGAUGGGGGUUGCAGCUCCUCUGAGCGCCCCUAAAGCGCUGGUACUCUGGGCCGCACUGGGGGCGGCAGCUCACAUUGGACCUGCACCUGACCCCGAGGACUGGUGGAGCUACAAGGAUAAUCUCCAAGGAAACUUCGUGCCAGGGCCUCCCUUCUGGGGCCUGGUGAAUGCAGCCUGGAGUCUGUGUGCUGUGGGGAAGCGGCAGAGCCCCGUGGAUGUGGAGCUGAAGAGGGUCCUUUAUGACCCCUUUCUGCCCCCACUGAGACUCAGCACUGGGGGAGAGAAGCUCCAGGGAACGCUGUACAACACCGGCCGCCAUGUCUCCUUCCUACCUGCACCCCGGCCCGUGGUCAAUGUGUCUGGGGGUCCCCUCCUCUAUAGCCACCGGCUUAGUGAGCUGCGACUGCUAUUUGGAGCACGGGAUGGAGCUGGCUCUGAACACCAGAUCAACCACCAGGGCUUCUCUGCUGAGGUGCAGCUCAUCCACUUCAACCAAGAACUCUACGGGAACCUCAGCGCCGCCUCCCGGGGCCCCAAUGGCCUGGCCAUCCUCAGCCUCUUUGUCAAUGUGGCUGGCAGCUCGAACCCCUUCCUCAGCCGCCUCCUUAACCGUGACACCAUCACCCGCAUCUCCUACAAGAAUGAUGCCUACUUUCUUCAAGACCUGAGCCUGGAGCUCCUGUUCCCCGAAUCCUUUGGCUUCAUCACUUAUCAGGGCUCUCUCAGCACCCCGCCCUGCUCAGAGACUGUCACCUGGAUCCUCAUUGACCGGGCCCUCAAUAUCACCUCCCUCCAGAUGCACUCCCUGAGACUCCUGAGCCAGAAUCCUCCGUCCCAGAUCUUCCAGAGCCUCAGCGGUAACGGCCGGCCCCUGCAGCCCUUGGCCCAUAGGGCCUUGAGGGGCAACAGGGACCCCCGGCACCCCGAGAGGCGCUGCCGAGGCCCCAACUACCGCCUGCAUGUGGAUGGUGCCCCCCAUGGUCGCUGAGACUCCCCACUGAGGACUGCGCCUGUCCUUUCCAAGUCUCCCCACACAGGGAGGGGAGUCACCCCCAAAACAAAGCUAUUAAAGGGACAGAAUACUUCCGGUU